AUGACUAGCAAGCUGGCCACCAAGUCGCCACCGGCUUACACCGCGCACGAGAUACCCCUGCACGAGGUACCCCUAGCACCAAUAACUCCGGACACGAACACCCACCAUAAAACAAGCCGUCUGGAUAUCAAGAUUAUAUUGAGCGCUAUGCUCAUGAUGCUGUUGGCGCUGGUUCCGAUUGCGGGUGGAGGCUAUGUUCUAUAUCUUACCAUCGAACUAGGGGGCAGUCCAGAUUUUCACGAUCCUGAUGAUUGGUUCUAUGUGGUGUUAUGGGGCUUCACGUCUCUACUUUUCAUCGGUAUUGGUGUUUACAUGAUUGGUGCUGCACUUUUUUGUCUAAUUGCCGGAGAAGGUACCAUUGAUCGGUGUAGUGGGAAAGGAAGUCGGAGAAAUCAGCCCGUUUGA